CAUGACUCAGCAUGAGCUAUAUUUGUAGAGUCACAGAUUGCACCUUCAGACAUGCCACCUAUUCCAACAGCGCUAGAUGCUGAAGCUCUCUCUCUAAUUGAGUCCAUCGAACGGCACCAUAAUGACCUUUCAACUUUUCAGAUUCCUCGUCUGAGAGCUUGCACCGGUCCUUUGACUACGCAACAAGCAUGGGCUGCGGAGGUAAGGGAAGACAUCGAAGGUCUAGCAAGACAAAUUGAGGAACUGGUUGUCCUUGUUGAUGACCACAGGACUGAAAGGGCGAAGAGAGAGCUGAGGAGAAGAGCUGAAGUUUUUCGUGAUUCGUUGGUCAAUCUACGCAAAGAUUCUCGAGCAGCAUUGCUAGCGUCGAAACAUACAAUUAACUCCCAAAGUCGGUCACAGCGAGAGGAGUUGUUGAGGUCCCCUGCCAUUCGAGAGAAAAGUACAAGCUCCUCGAGUGAGAAAGUCACUGAGAAUGCACUCAUGAAAGCCAAUCAUGAUGUCACAGAAGCACUGCAACGAACAACUGGACUCGUACAGAAAGAGCUCGAGCGCAGUGUCUUGUUGAGCCAACUGCUAGGCAAGUUCCUCACGGCGUCAUUUUUCUCUAAUACCUACCGUCCGUUUCAUACAGAAUCGUCUACUGCAACUCUCCAAUCCGCAUCCACGAUGCACGACACGCUCGAUCUCAUCCUCGGCACCUCUAAACAACUUAUUACCGCACUCGAAAAGACAGACUGGCUCGAUCGCAUCCUUAUUAUUUCCGGCCUCGUGUUUUUCGGCCUCGUGGUCCUCUUUAUUCUGAAGCAGCGCAUCAUUAACCGCGGACUACGCAUCGCCUUUUUCUGGACUAGUUUUUUGCCAAGCUCCAGCUCGAGCACGCGCGCGGUGGUGCAGAAGGCUGGAGAAGUUGUAACGACUGCGUCGGCCGCUACUGCUGCUGCAUCGGCUGUGCUGGCGUCGUCGAUAGGUGGUCAGUAUGGCGGAGCCGGUCCGUUGAUAGAACCCAGCAUGAACGUGUUUGAAUCCCCUAGUUUCACAAUAUCGGUUACUGAGCCAUGGACUACUGAACAGCAUAGCGGCUCAGGAGACGCACGUGUUGAAUUAUGAUAAUUUUGACGAUUCCGUCGGUAGACUCACAGGAAACAGCUGAACCGUAGAAUCAAUAUUGUAAGUUGUGUAUUGAACGGGAUUAUGAAUUGGGACAAAGUAACACCCCUCUCAUCACACAAG